AUGCCGGGCCAAGCCAACAGCGACAAGGAACAGAUGAGGGAUAACUCUAUUCAACAGGGACUGGAGCAGCCGACCCCAUCGCGGAAGUUAAAGGUCGAAGAUGCCCUGUCCUAUAUGGAUAAGGUGAAAUAUGAAUUUAGUAAUCAACCUGAAGUGUAUGGCGACUUCUUAGCCUUAUUGAUAAAAUUCAAAAAGAAAAAAAUAGAUUAUCCCGAAGUGAUUGCGCGCAUCUCAAGCCUAUUCAAUGGUCAUCCUGAGCUCAUAAUGGGUUUUAAUGUGUGGCUACCCCCGUGUCAUCAAAUAAAAAUAUGA